UUCAAUGCUACCGCUUUCAUGAAAUUUCAAGUCACUCUUCUAUUAAUUCGUCUAAAAAAUCUAUGACAUCAGAUCCUAAUUGACUUUAAUUUAGGAUCUUUCAUCCAUUAUCAAUGCCCUUGUAUAAAUAUAUAAAGAGAAAAAAGUAGACACAAACAUAAGGAUCGAACCUCAGAAAAGUGUUCACAAUUUACAGAAAAUGGGUUUAUUGUCGUUGUUUGAGGUUGCAUCAAUGCCAAUAUUGGAGGUGUUGUUACUUAGUGCAAUAGGAGCAAUUAUGGCUACUGAUUACUUCAAUGUUCUCUCUAGCGAUACUCGAAAAUCACUAAAUAGGAUUGUUUUUGUGGCGUUUACUCCCUCACUUAUUUUUGCUAGUCUUGCCAAGACAGUCACCCUCGAAGACAUUAUCUCAUGGUGGUUUAUGCCAAUAAAUAUUGGAAUAACAUUUCUUUGUGGAGGAAUAUUGGGGUGGAUUGCAGCAAAACUAAUUAAACCACAACCACAUGUAGAGGGCUUACUCAUAGCUAUGUGCUCCACAGGAAAUCUUGGAAACAUGUUAUUGAUAAUUGUCCCUGCAAUAUGCACCGAGGGUGGCAGCCCUUUUGGAGAACAUCAUAUCUGCAAAUCCAAGGGACUCUCGUAUUCAUCAUUUUCAAUGGCGUUGUCCGGUUUAUAUGUUUGGACAUAUUCUUUCCAAUUAAUAAAAAGGUCCGGUGAAAAGUACAUGAAAGAAGUCGAGGAAUUACUACAAGAACCCAACAAAGACUUGAAUGCAAAUGAAAAAACUCAUCUUCUAAAUGGAAAAAGCCAAGAAUAUAUCGAUGUAGUUGUGCCAUUGUCAUUUCCGACUAGUGAAGACAAACAAAUACAACCCAGUGUAAACAAGAAUGAGAAAAAAGACAAAUCUUUCUCAAGUAAACUAGUCGACAUACUCCACAUGGUAGUGGAAAAACUCAUGGCUCCUCCAACAGUUGGUUCUAUUGUAGGAUUGAUAUUUGGGGCAACCCCAUGGCUGAAAAAGCUUGUGAUCGGUGAUGAUGCUCCAUUACGAGUGAUCCAAGAUUCCAUCACUCUACUUGGUGAAGGAACGAUACCUUGUAUCACUCUUAUACUAGGAGGAAACCUAAUACAAGGUAUGAGAAGAGCAAGCAUUAGGCCUAUUAUCAUCAUCACAAUCAUUUGUGUACGAUUUGUGAUUCUUCCCAUAGUUGGAAUCUUUGUGAUCAAGACAGCUUCUGGUUUGGGAUUACUUCCUCAUGACCCCCUUUUCAGUUUUGUGCUAUUGAUUCAAUACACAGUGCCACCAGCAAUGAAUAUCAGUACAAUGACACAAUUGUUCGAUGUGGCACAUGAAGAAUGUUCACUACUGACGAUGUGGAGUUAUUUAGCUGCAGCAUUUGCACUUACUGCAUGGUCGACAGUGUUCAUGUGGAUCUUGACAUCAAGAUCAUGAUUGUUACACAUCAUUUUUAUGGAGAAAAAAAAACAUAUAUAUAAAUUUUUUAUUUUUUACUUUUACUUAUAUA